GCUGUUUCCCGCCACCAGAAAUCGGCUGAAAGUCGGCAAAGUGUGUUGUGCGGAUUUUUCGCUCUCGGUCUCUCUACUCGUGUGUCUCUCGAGCGAAGCAAGUAGUGUUGUGCCUCUUGUACAGCCCCAGGGGGUUAUCCGGUGGCGUAGCGGGCGACUAUAUCUGAGAACCUGUGCGUCGUGUGUUCCUUAGGGCCUUUGGAAAAGGGGUUCUUAGCUUUUUUGGGUGUUUGCCCUCGGAUAUAUGGAAAAAGUGGUUGACGUAGAAUAAUUUCUAGCCGAAUCGAAGGAACCUGUGCAUAUUGCGUCGAUUGCAGGGAAACAGAGGAUACAACCCGGCGUAUAAGAAAGAAGGGGGCUCAUCUUGGUGUAGAAAAUAGUGCGGAAUGCGCAUAUCAAAGUAAGCUGUGAGAGUUUUAGAAGUGUCGCGAGUGAUCAUCCAAGUGAGCGAAUUACGAGUCCCUUCAAUAUUGGAUAUAUCGUCGUCACCAAGAAAAAACGUGUUUUCAGUGCCCAAGAGGUAAAAAAGUGUUAUUUUGCGCGACAUUAGCCUUUAUUAUACUCGGCGCUACAACUGAAGCCCUCAUAAAACCCCACACAUGUGGAUCGCGUAGUGAUUUGUGGAAGCAAGAAGGGCGAAUGAGAGUGAGUGAUUUGAGUAGCGUUUCCCUUCCCCUCGUCGCAUUUGCAUUGUUUUUACGGCUACUCCGUCCUUGUGCUCGCGGCGUGGCAUCCUGUGUUCGUUGCGUCGUUUCGUGAGUUUCCAGCCUGCUGCCACCCCCGCGCCUACUUAUCUAUAGUGGAAAAGUAGCAUCGGCAGCAACAACAAUAUCAUCAUCGUCGACAUCCAAUCCAAAAGAGUGUGGAAGUGGGUGAGUGAGUGAGAGUGAGAAGGGCAGCUCCAAUCAUAGUAAGCAGGAAUCAGACGACGCAGAAGAAGAAAAAGUGUAGCUCCAAGAAAACAAUAACAAUAACACACCCUAAAUACCAUCGAAGAAAAAAAAAUAGUGCAAAGUGCGUGGUGUUAAAAUUGCAGCAACAAAAAACUCGGCGAUUUGCUGAAAAGCGUAAUUUUUGUGAAGCCGCAUCAAGUGUGAUGAUUUUCUAUUUUAUUCCGCCAAAGCGUGUCCAAGCGGGAAAUUUCAUUAUCAUCGGCCAUAGCAGGCUUUGCGACAUCGGUGCAUCGAUGGUUUCCGAAUCCAAGGAGGCCGUGGUCAAAAAGUGAACAAGUCGCUGCUCUUGAGAACAACCUGCGGAAGAAAGUUUUAACAGGUGAAACAAGAAAAAAAGAGGUGUGAUUCUUGGAAGUGGAAUAACAAGCAGUCUAGUGAGCGCGGGCUAGUAGUAAGAAGAGUGAUAAAGAAGUUUCGGUUCGCACUGCCAAGUGGAUUCAUUCGAUAUGUCGGUAGUGGACGUUUGGAGUAAAGCGGACGACAAGAUGCAGGACGUCAUCGUCGAGGAUGAUGUAGUCAGAUUCUGCCAGAUCACCUCCGAGGAUGGGGGAGGUGGUGGCGGCGGCGGAGGCGGCGACGGUAGCAACAAUAACAACAAUUCCGGCGUCCGCGGCAUUGUGAUGGACAAGGACGAAAAGCGGAUGCGCCGGGAGAUCGCCAACAGCAACGAAAGGCGCCGCAUGCAGAGCAUAAACGCCGGCUUCCAGAGCCUGCGGCAGAUGCUGCCGCAUCACGAGGGCGAGAAAUUGAGCAAGGCGGCGAUCCUCCAACAAACAGCAGAAUACAUCUACACCCUUGAGCAGGAGAAGACCCGACUGCUGUCGCAAAACUGCCAGCUCAAGCGAUUACUAGACCAGCAGGAUCACAACGGAGCAGUGGCAGCAGCCGAGCUCCAGCAAGCCACCCCACAGACUGUUCCGGGCGUCACCGUACUGACCGCAACAGGGACGGUGACGACAGCCGCCGUCAUGGUCAACAAUGGAUCCGCCGGAGUCGUAGCCCCGGUGGCGCCGGCAACAGCCCCACAGGUGGCCACCAUCGCCAAGAAACGCAAGAUUGACGCUAUCAUCCAACCGGUAUCGGAUUCGUCCGACGAAGGACUCGGUUCCAUGUCGCCGGAACCGGUCAGCCUCAUGCAGGUCGUCAACAAUGCCUCCGGUACGACACUGGUCACCGCGGUCAACGGACGUGCCGUUGCUCCGUUUAACGUAUCGGCGAAGGACUAUUUGGAUUUGAAGCACCAGCUGGAGAUCGAGCGACGGAAGAAGGCGGUGUUCGAGGAGAGAUUAAAGGCUUUAGAACGACAGAUCUACCCCGCCCGGGUACUCUAUCAAGACCAUCCGGAAUUGGUAGAGACGACCGAACCGCUGGAAGAAGUGGUUGUACCAACGAUAACCAAAACCGUAACAACCAAAAUCACCCGAGAGCCGGAUAAUGUCCAACUAAUCGCCCUGGACACCGGUGUUGUUGGUGGUAAGAAGCAACUGGUCGUCUGCGGGCCGGAAAUCAUCGAAGAGACUGUUAUAGCACAGCCCAUUGCCAAGCCAGCGAUUGUUCCCAUCAAGGAAGAGAAAGUGUUCAUCAAGCGAUCCCGGUCGCGAUCGCCCACGAUCGAAACGGUUGUCACAUUGCCUCCCAAGAAGAACCGCUAUCCAACGAUCCUGGAAGCGGCCAUUAAAGCCGAACCCAAAGUGGAAGUCGAGCGCAUCGAUUCGCCCUCGUCGAUCGUCGUCAGCGACGAUCAUCUAUCGCACCUGACCAGCAGUAAACUGGUCACAUCUCAACAGCAGCAAGCCGCCUCGCGCAUCAACACCUGCCGCCACAAUCUAGAGACGAUAGUCGAGGCGAUAAGACACCUCGAAGGCGAUGCAUUCGACAACGUGGCCCCGGCUCAGCAUCAACAGGCAGCGGCAGUGCGACCAGCGGUCCAAGAAGUACCGCUUGCGUUGACCACGUCCAGCAAACAGAAGGAACGCGAACAUCGCCAAAGUCAGCUGGAACCGUACCUGACGUUCCGGUCACCACCAUCGACAGGCGCCUGUCCACCAGCCUCCUCCGCUACCUCCUCCUCCACCAUCCCUUCCAGUAACACCUCCAGCAACCCCAGCGGAAACCCCGCGAUCGUCUCAGUCUCCAUCACUCCCACCGUUGCGCUGGCCGCCGGCGGUUGUAGUCCCUCUCCUUCAGCCGCCUCCUCCUCCUCCACCACCACCUCCGUCGCUCAACAGACCGCAUCGCAGAUUCUCCAGCAGCACCAACAGUGUCGACCGGGAGUGAUCGUCGUCAAGCAGACCUCAUGAUCAGCUGGCAUCACUGCUCCUUCCUCAUUCCUAACUGGUAUCCCAGUAGCAUCCGCAGUAGCAGCACCAUCAUCAUCAUCUUCGUCGUCGUCAUCGGGUUCUUCAUCCCUGGUAGCCGCCGCAAACGCUGUCGGAUCGGUCGGCACAAUCGUGAUCAACAGCGGAGGAGGCGGCGCCAGCGGCAAACAAAUGAAGAUCGUCAGCUGCAAGAACGUUGUUGGCAGCGGGACGGCCAACGUGAUCAUCAAAUACCGGCAGUCUCCUCCCCAACAGGAAGACUUGGAGAAAUAACCGGGCGACGACGGCAGCGCCACGGAUCGACGUCGACGGAGGAAUCUUUUUUGUUAAUUAUUUUUAUACAGACACACACAUAUACGGUAUAUAUUACUUUUUCGCUUCCACGAACUGACCUGAAUCCCCCCCUCGAUGAUCCAUAGCAUAGCACACCAAGCCCCUAAACGCGUGACCCUCGUCGGUAUUCCUCGUACAUGAGUAAGUUGUGAUUUUCAUAGCAAUUUUUUUUAUUUUUCAUAUUUUUGACGGUAGUUUCUAGAAACGGUUCUUUAAGUUUAUACUUCUAUAUUGGUAAACGCAUUUUUUUUUGUUUUAAUCAAGCGAAAGUUGUAGCGAAGUGCGAAGCGGAAAAUUGAUAUAACUUUUUUUAAGGUAUCAUACAAAAACCAACACAAAAACACAUACUUUGUAACAUUAUAUAUAUACUGGAUAAGAAUGUUAGGCAAAAAAGGUAACGUUUGACGAAUAGAACCUAUGUAAGAGCAAAAGGAGAGAUAGAGACGAAGAGAUUUUUUUUUCUGUAUACUGUAUGAUUAUUUUUUUUCGGAGAAAGUAUUGAUUCGAUCGAGCAAAUUGGUCUUCUGGAAAUUGGAAGAGGAAAAACGGUUGGUCUCAGUCCAUCUUUGAUGCAUUCCCAGAAAAUUGAGACAGAAAAUGGCGCCAUUUCGUUUAUUUGACAGUUGAAGGCAGGGUUGCCAUUUUCAUGGAGUGUAAUCUGUCGAAAUCAAUCAAACAUCGAACUUUUUGAGGUGCAUCACAGGUUGAUUGUAAGAACACGCCAUUUUUUCCGGAUGGAACUAAAGUUUUCCGGUAUGUUAGUGAUCUGUCUUGAGAGUUGCCAGUAAGCUCGCGAACAGCCAUCACGUGUUUCCUGCACUGGUAACCAGCAUUCCCUUUCCGGAACGACACAACUGUAGAGAGUUGUGUUUUAGCAUUUGUUUAGUGUAUAUCUACGUCAUCGAACACGAUUCAGUUUAUAUCUACGUUGCACUAACUUUGGAAAUGUGUUUUACGAAUAAACAAAAGUAUCUCCAGUAAGAAGCCACAAUAGCAAAGGAAACGUUGAGCAUCAUAUGCCGGGAACUAUUAGUCACAUAAGUUUUUUUUAGUAUGUAAUAGCCGGAAGGGCAAGGGCACUUGGUGUAGGGAACAAAUGAUGGAUAGUUUGAAUUGAGUGAAAACCUUGUUCAUGAGCACGACUAUGCAGAUUAAACCCUUUUUUCCCACGAUUUGGAUCGACUAUUUCUUUACGAUCGGUUGUAGGAUGGUAUUUCAUCUUAUAAGAUUCAUUCAUAUUCGUCAUAUUUCAAGACAAGUGAAAGAAAAAAAAGGUAGAAGCAUUCGAAGAUCUAUCGAUCCAGUCAGUUUUGCUGUUUCGCAAAUACGAGACGAAGCGCUGAGUUUAAAAUGGAAGUAUCUCCGUAACAGCUAGUACAUAGCUAAUGUUCUCGUUCAUCUAACUCAAAUUCAGCAUGUCACUAGUACACAUAUCGACUACUAACCGAUGUCCAGCCCACGAUAGUCUGCCGUGCUCAUGAACAAUCGUUUUCGCACAAAAUUCGACACAAGGCAAGGUUCUACAACGCCGAACAAACUCUCAAGACAGAACACUCAAACCUAGUAAAAAAAUGAACGCAAAAUCAAAAACCAUUUUCCGCCGCCGCCAACGGACAACCUCCUCCUCCCUGUAGCCAAUCCCUUUCGUUAGUAGCUAUCAAAAGAGAGAGCGAUAAGAUCGGAAAACUCCUUUCAAAAAGGAAUCCAAUGCGAAUCAAAUUCGGACAAAAAAAUAGAAUAAUUUUUGGUUUUCUUCCCUCUGUAAGUGUAUCUCUAUUCUACGGAAACUAUGUUUCGUCUUCUCGUUUAGUAAAAAUUCUAGCAAAAAUAACUACUUUCAAAAAGAUAGACUAAUUUAUCCCGGCACGGAAAUGUAUGCCUAGGUUUUUUAUAUUGGAUUUUAGGUUAUAUUAAGGAGUCUUAGUCUUCGAAGCACUUUGGCUUGGUCUGGCGGCGGAAAUAGUGUCCGCUCGAUUGGAUGGGAGAAAAAACCACUACUCCAAAUCUAUGUUGGAAAUUUAACUCUUGAUUUUCGCUUGUUUAGUGGUUAGAGCGUAAGACUUCUGUUGGUAGUAUUAGUCAUUCAUAUACAUCUAUACAUAUACAUAUAUUUAGCUAAGCGUACGCGAACCGUGUUGCAAGAUUUGCAAUGUGAUUCGAUCAUACAAAAAGAGAGAGUAAGAGAAUGGAUGAAGCUUAUGAAGUAGGGUAAAAAACACGAGAGAAUAAGAAUUGCGACUUAGUAAAUCAAUUGUAUGAUUUAUCUGCAUUCAAUGAACACAAGUGAAUAUUUAAUGGAGGAACUAUUAAGGCUAAUAUUAAGGGGAAAAACAAUGCGUAAAGAAUGUAAGACCCUAAACGAUAAUGUUUAAGUAUUUAAGUAUUUAAAGAAAAACAUUACCGUAGCGGCGCGAGCGAAGCGAAGAAGCGGAGCAGUGAAAUAUUUCAGAAUAUAUAGUUCGAAUCUCUUUACUGGUGAAGCAUAAUAAUUAAUACUAUUAUUAUUACUACUAUUACACUGAAACAAAAAACCCAAGUACAUUUACGCGUUCAAAGCAAAAAAAAAACAAAUGGAAUAAAACUAAAUGUAUUGAAUUGAUUUUUCUUUUUGUAUUCAUCAAUCUACUUAUACUAACGAUACAAAGCAAACACACAAAUGAACAAACACACAUUACAACAACAAAAAAAACAUUAUUCUACUAAAAAUCUACAUGCGAAACGGAAGGCAGCAGAAUAGCAAAACCCAUUGCGCUGAGAGAUACAGAAAGCCAAAAGCGCGCUGGGACAUGAGUUUAAGUACACACAGACAAGUAUCUAAUGUUCGAAAAAAAAAUACGGAAACAAUAAGUAAACGAAAGAGGCAGUGCAGGUGAAGCAAACUCGUAAUAUUACUAAUAAUAAUGUUAUCAAAUAUUAUGGUUUAACGGCGCGAAAACAAAGUAAUAGACGGAUGAUAAGAGCGUAACAAAUGAUAACAAGAACUCUAGAAAAACCAUCGCAAAAAAGUGGAAGAUGAACAGUUUUUGGAUUCGAUAAGCCAUGUUUGGAAGUUUGUACGAAAAAGAAAGACAUCCGAAGCUGCUAAAUAUGUUCGUCUUUCUUUCCGAAAAUAUUUAAAACAUUUUUAACAAACAGAGAAUUGUACUGCAUUUUUUCGAGCUAAGGCCGGUCGAUUCGAAUCAGUUUUUUGAUCAAAACGGGCUAAACAGUGUUCCGGGAUGACGACCGCGAGAAGAGAAAUCAACGUGAAAACUGCCCAUCAAAUGCCUGAAAUAUCUUAUUGUCCUGAGAACCAGUUUUACCGAGUUUAACGCAGAAACCGAAGAAAAAACGCGCCAGCAUGUUGUGAGUUUUCCGAAACACAAACAUAAAUAUUUAAGCGAAAAAGAAAAACAAUACAGAAAUUUAAAGAUAUGUCAAACUAAAAUUAAACUCCAAAUUUACCGAUAUCGUAACAUUACUCAGAAUCACAAAAAAAAAACUGCGCCAACAGCAUCUGAAAUACGCGGAACAGAAAAAAUGAUCGUAGCAGAUUCCAGAAAAAAACAAGUAAUCAAACGAGAAAAACACAUACGUUUUCAUCUGACUCCAAUUUAUCCGUUUGAAAACGGUGCCGACGACAUAUCAAGUGGACUGGCAGCACUUCCCUGAAGCUACAUUUGCUCGAGUAGGAAAACCAUACAUUCUACUGUAACGGUACCAUUUGUAUACCAUUAACAUUAUGGUUAAAAACGGAGAUGGAAAAACCA